AUGCAUGGAAAUUAACACGUAUAUUGCGCUUUCUGGCAACAACCCAUUGUUUCAAAGAAGUUCUCCUCCUUGUACCUAUGCUAAUAAAUUCCCUAUAGUUCACCAAUAGCCGGCGGGAGCUCUGAGGAGACGUUAAGAAAUGGUACAAUGGCCGCUGUGGAUUUUGAAUGAGGGGGAAGAACAACUGGAUUGGGGAAACAAUGAUGAUGAGGAGGCUGAUGAUAAUGAACGAGCUCAACAAGCACUAGAAAGUGUUCCCCUCCGAUCACACAAUCAUAUACAUCAAUCAUCUCAAUCACCUCCUCAUAAGAGGCGGAAGAUCCAACCAUUAGCUCCCUCAUCUCCCUUUUCUCCUGCUCCCUCUCCACCUCCUGCUCCUGCUUCUCCUCCACCUCCUGCUUCCACUUUUCCUGGUCCAACACACAUUGUUCUUACACUUUCUUUUUCACUGAGCCAGCAAUUUCCACCAUGCUCAGCAGCACCUGUUAUGUAUUUACCCCAUCCUGAGAUGCCUUCCAUGGCAAAUUCCCAUCUUCCUCCUCCUUCAAUGUUGCUUUGUCUUCCUCCUCCUGAUCUUCCUUUGUGGGUUCUGCUUCCUCUAACUCUAGAUCCAUCAUCUGUAGGGCCUGGGUACUGGUCAGAGCAAGAUACUGGCUGGAGAGGGCUCUCCAGCAAGAAAAGAACCCAGAGCAGAAGUCAAAGCCUGCUCUGGGUGCUUUUGCUGCCAGGAAGUGUUCUGAGCUGCUUUCGGCUGUUUAGCCGAAAAUACAGGUUUUGCAGUUGAUUAGAGCCAAAUGCAAGAUAUUUUCUCAAUAUAGUUGAUGAGUGGGAAGCUUUUGAAGAAGAUUGUCCUUUAGGGUACCUAAUACAGAAUGGGGCCUACUUCCAACAAGGCAAUGGAACACCAACACACCCUCCCAAAAAUCUGUUUGUUCCACCUGUGUCUCAACCCCCAGAUGUCAUUGAUGGUGAUUUAAUUGAUG